AAACAAAACAAACUUGAACAGUCUAAGAGAAAACUUUUGGGAAGACCUUAUAUAAAUUCAUUUUAUUAUUUAGAGUGACGUCCCUUAAUCCAAAAUGGAUUAUUUGCUUGUGGACGGAACACGUGUUUAAUUAUUGCUUUACUAAAAAUAGAGUUCUUAUGCAUUACAGCAAUCAGACAAUCACAGGUCCCAAGUAAUAUUGGCCUAAUAUAGAGGAACACAUUUUUACCAGAUGUUUUCUCACUAUUGCAUAACGCCUUGACGACUCUUCAAAAUGGCGUCUGAAAGUAAUGAUACACCAUUGGAGUUGUCAAAUGGAGGACACAGUACGGAUCAGUUGUUGACUGAAAAAAGUAGACCGAUGGACGAGAAUAAAAACGUCAGUGUCGACGAAUAUUUUACAAGUUACACCGACAUAGAUGUUCAUGAAUUAAUGCUUAAAGAUCGACCUCGGACUUUAGCCUACAGGAAGUUCUUCAAGGAGAAUUCGGAGCAGAUUCGUGGGAAGGUUGUACUCGAUGUUGGCGCCGGGACAGGGAUUCUUUCCUUAUUUGCAGCGGCAGCAGGCGCGGCUAAAGUUUAUGCCAUUGAGGCUAGUGGCAUGGCGAAACUGUGUCGGGAAAUUGUAGUUGCAAACGGUCUUGACGAGAAAAUACAGGUAAUUCAGGGUCGUGUCGAAGAUGAUGUUUUACCCGAAGGUACGAAAGUUGACGUGAUUGUAUCUGAAUGGAUGGGGUUUUACCUAUUUCAUGAAUCUAUGUUGGACUCUGUGAUUUGUGCGCGAGACAAAUACCUCACGCCAGAAGGGUUACUGGUUCCCUCCCAUGCAAGUCUCAAAAUUACUCCCGCGAGCAUGGAAAAAUACUACAAUGAACAUUUUGAUUACUGGAAUAGUGUCUACGGAUUUGACUUUUCGCCAGUUCUUCCCAUAGCUCUUGAGAAGUCGAGACGAGAACCCAUUAUCACUGAAGUACCACCCGAUGAACUGUUAUCAGCAGCCCAGGAUAUCUGCUGCAUCGAUUUAAAAUCUGUUUCAUUGGACGAAGUGAAAAAAAUCUCCAGUACGUUGACGUUUACAAUUAAUUCAUCGUCGGAGCUUCAUGGAUUUGUGUGUUGGUUUGAUGUACUGUUCAAACCGAUUUGUGUAACAGAAAGGACAACAACUCCUGCACAUUUUACCACUAAAGAGAAUGAAGUGACCUCCCCUGUCAUACUGAGCACUGCCCCAUCAUGUCCGGUCACCCACUGGAAACAGACAACUUUUCUCCUUCCAGAAACGCUUUCUGUGGACAAGGGAGAUAAUAUCUGUAUUCAGGUGGUACUCUCCCAGGACGAAAGCAACAAAAGACACUACAAUAUUUCCAUAGAACUCCAAAACUCUGAUGAUGAUGUCGGUGCUGAAUACAGCGAGGAGGAAAGUACAGACGAACACGAGGUUCCGUGUGACUGUGACGCUCCGCGGUGUCGACUCAUCAAGGCCGUCAUGGAAAAAUACGACACGGAACAUCGUGAAAUCGAGGCCGAGGCUGAUUUAAUUAAUGCGGCUGCUGGGGCCGUGGCGUCGCAACAACUUGAUUCAGAGAUGACAAGUGACGGAAACAACGACUCUAUCCAGGAUGAAUACCAGGGUCAUAGUUGAAAGGGAGCAUUGGGUAGUGGCUAUAGGGGCUUGCAGUUACCUUAAAGGUGCAAACCCUACUUUCAACCCGUAAAAAUGAACACUUAAGUUUAGUUAAUUUAUAAGCAGAGCUUCCAGAAUUUUUAUAAAAUACACUAGCCAUGGGAUAAGUAAUUUUCAAUAUUUACUAGCCACGAUU